UCCCGACGUCUACAUACUCACCAUCACCCAAAUGCUGCAAUACAUGACCGAUCCUAAAGAGUUGCGUGACGUCAACACCAUCGAAUCGUGGAAGUGCGACAAGAGUGUUGCUGUUGCACCGAAACCAUGCAACAUCUGGAAUACCUGCGCGCUACCCUUCAAGAUACCCGAACAGAAUUUGACGGACACACGCUACAUGGAGACUUGCCGCGAAUGCCCCAAUGUCUAUCCAUGGUUGGGUGAUGCUGGCGGCACUGGCAUUUCGGGACGUGACAAUUACAUUUUCUCUGGGCCAGCGAGCGCCGGCGAGGAUGGCGAUGAUGCUGGCGGCGAGGAGGAGAAAUAAGCGCAAUGAAGGGUAACUAUUGUAGCGGUGCGCUGUGAAGUUGUAAAGGUGCGCUAAGCUAGUGUAAGCUGUUAGCAAAAAAGUUUCAAGGGUCAGGUGACAAGUGUCAACUGACAGCUGCUGUCAACUGUCAACUGCCAACUAAGUGUGAAGUGUUUUGUGUUUACAUUUUCAGUUUUACGCUCGGUUUUUGUUAUCUCUUAUAUACCUUACAUAUAUAUUUAAUUCAAAUUCAAUUAUCUUUUUUAUUUUGUUUUGGAGCCAUUUACAAAAUGUGCCAAUUAAUGUUUACAAUUUUGCUUUUCUUUAUCAAUUGUACAACUGCACAGCCAUUUACCUUUUUGUUUUGUUCCCUGUGGAAUUGUUAAUUAUUUUUGCUCAAAUUGUUUUCAAUUUUUUUAUUGCACUUUCAAAAUACUCACAGUUCUUCUAGCUGUUUUAGUGUUUAAGCCAUGAAAUCGUGUCAAUCGUAGACGUUAAGCAAAUAUAAAUAAAAUUGAUUUUUAUGAAGUGAAAAA